GUGCGCGGCCUCACCAGUAGCCUCUUCCCGCACGGGGCCUUCGUGUCCGUGUCGCGGGACCGCACUGCCCGCCUCUGGGCUCCCGACGGUCUUAACAGGGGUUUUACUGAAAUGCACUGUAUGAGUGGCCACUCAAAUUUUGUAUCUUGUGUGUGCAUCAUACCUCCAAGUGACCUGUAUCCUCGUGGGCUGAUUGCAACUGGUGGCAAUGAUCAUAAUAUUUGCAUUUUCACAGUUGACAACCCAGCUCCUCUUUAUGUCCUGAAGGGCCAUAAAAACACAGUUUGCAGCCUUUCAUCUGGGAAAUUCGGCACAUUGCUAAGUGGAUCAUGGGAUACAACAGCCAAAGUGUGGUUGAAUGACAGAUGUAUGAUGACAUUACAGGGUCACACAGCUGCUAUAUGGGCGGUGAAAAUACUGCCUGAACAGGGUUUAAUGUUGACUGGUUCAGCUGACAAAACUAUUAAACUGUGGAAGGCAGGAAGAUGCGAAAGAACAUUCACUGGGCAUGAAGACUGUGUGAGAGGUUUAGCUAUUCUUAGUGAAACAGAAUUCCUUUCGUGUGCUAAUGAUGCUAGUGUCCGAAGAUGGCAAAUCUCUGGCGAGUGCCUGCAGGUGUAUUAUGGACAUACAAAUUACAUAUACAGCAUCUCUGUCUUCCCUCAGGGUAAAGAUUUUGUAACUACUGGAGAAGAUAGAUCUCUUAGAAUUUGGAAACGAGGGGAGUGUGCUCAAACAAUCAGACUGCCUGCUCAGUCUAUAUGGUGCUGCUGUGUGUUGGACAAUGGUGACAUUGUAGUUGGUGCAAGUGAUGGAAUCAUAAGAGUGUUUACAGAGUCAUCAGAACGCACAGCAAGUGCUGAGGAGAUUCAAGCUUUUGAAAAUGAGCUUUCCCAAGCAUCAAUUGACCCUAAAACUGGUGAUUUAGGAGAUAUUAAUGCUGAUGACCUUCCAGGAAGAGAACAUCUUAAGGAUCCUGGAACAAGAGAUGGACAGACACGUCUCAUUAAAGAUAAUGGGAAAGUCGAAGCCUAUCAGUGGAGUGUUAGUGAAGGAAGAUGGGUAAAGAUCGGUGAUGUUGUUGGUUCUUCUGGAGCCACACAGCAAACAUCAGGAAAAGUUUUAUUUGAAGGAAAGGAAUAUGACUAUGUUUUCACCAUUGAUGUAAAUGAAAGUGGGCCUUCCUACAAACUGCCGUAUAACAUCACUGAGGAUCCUUGGCUGACUGCAUACAACUUUCUGCAAAAGAAUGAUCUAAAUCCUAUGUUUCUGGAUCAGGUGGCAAAGUUUAUUAUAGACAACACUAAAGGGCAAACACUGGGGAAUACGACCACUCAAUUUUCAGAUCCUUUUACAGGUGCUGGACGUUAUGUCCCAGGCUCUUCAUCUGGAUCAAAUACAGGAUCUGGAGCAGAUCCAUUUACAGGUGCUGGUCCCUAUGUUCCUGAUUCUGUGUCAAAUACAGUAGGUUUAGCGGGUAAAGCUGAUCUGUGUAUAGGUAGAUUUUUCUGUGGCAAAUGUUUUCAUAGACUUUUGAGCUUGUUGUAUUUUCUUUAUGUAGGAAUGGGUGCCUACAAAUCACCUGCGGCUAAAACAGAAAAUAUUUAUUUUCCUAAGAAGGAGGCUGUCACCUUUGAUCAAGCCAAUCCUGCACAGAUACUGGGCAAACUAAAGGAACUUAACGGAAGUGCAUCUGAAGAACAAAAGCUUACAGAAGAUGACUUGAUAAUCCUUGAGAAGAUACUGUCCACAGUAUGCAAUACCUCUGCAGAAGCACCUACAGCACAACAACUUCAAACUUUAUGGAAAGCAGUUAACUGGCCAGAAGAUAUUGUCUUUCCAGCACUAGACAUUCUUAGAUUGUCCAUCAGACAUCCCAUUGUGAAUGAGAACUUCUGCAGUGAAAAGGAUCAUGUGCAAUUUAUCAUCCUCCUCCUUAAAUUUUUGAACCCUAAAGGAAAGCAAGCAAACCAGCUGCUGGCACUUAGAGCUCUUUGCAAUUGUUUUGUUAGCCAGGCAGGCCAGAAGCUCAUGAUGGAACAGAGGGAUGAAAUAAUGACACAAGCCAUAGAACUGAAAUCGGGCAGUAAUAAGAACAUUCUUAUUGCGCUUGCUACGCUCACAUUGAACUAUGCUGUUUGUUUACAUAAAGUCAGCAACAUUGAGGGCAAAGCUCAAUGUUUAUCAGUAAUCAGCACAGUUAUGGAAGUUGUUCAAGAUCUUGAAGCUGUUUUUAGACUGCUUGUCGCUCUGGGGACACUGAUCAGUGGUGAUACAAAUGCUGUGCAAUUAGCCAAGUCCCUGGGAGUUGACUCUCAAAUAAAAAAGUAUGCCUCUGUAUCAGAACCGACUAAAGUAAGUGAAUGCUGUAGGUUUGUUCUUAAUCUGCUGUAAUUGUUGUUAUUAUUAUUUUUUGCGGGAGACUGUAUGCAGAAAAAAAAUGAUGCUUUUGUGCAUUUCAUGUGACAGUAUAUCAUUGAGAAAAUACUGGGGAUGAGCUAAAACCUUGAUAUUGUCAGGUGUUACACAGCAAAUAAAACUUUUU